ACCCUAAUUUCUGCUACAAUCGGCCAAGAUUAAGAAUGUCGGGCGUCACAAACACACCGAAUGCACAGCAAGAGGAAGACAAGAAGCCCAACGACCAAUCGGCGCAUAUCAACCUUAAGGUCAAAGGCCAGGAUGGGAAUGAGGUGUUCUUCAGGAUUAAAAGGAGCACUCAGCUGAAGAAACUGAUGAAUGCUUACUGUGAUCGACAAUCUGUGGAUCUGAACUCCAUUGCUUUUCUAUUUGAUGGUCGUCGUCUUCGCGGAGAGCAGACUCCCGAUGAGCUAGAGAUGGAGGAUGGUGAUGAGAUUGAUGCAAUGUUGCACCAGACUGGUGGAUCUACUCAUUGAAUACGUGCUGCUGGCUCUGUUCCUUUACGAACUAGUAUUUUCAUUGUACUUGCUUGCAGGCUUAUUAGUAGGCUUUGUAGAUUCGAAUGUUCUCAUAAUAGUCUCCUUUCUAAAAUGUCAAAACUAGCUUUAACUGGUUAAAGGGCUUUAGUGUUUGGUCAGUAAUCUCUUCUCACAUCAAAUAUUUCUUGGCUUGCUGUACGGAUUGGAAGCCUUACUGGGAAGUAUUAAAAAUAGUUGGACAGCUCUGGUUUACUUUCUCA